CACUGCCAACACAUAGCUCCUCAUAACACUUUACUUCUUUAUCAACUUGGUUUCUCACAAGCAGGUCUUCUCUCUCUAUCUCUAGGAAAAUAAGUUAUCAAAUUGAGCAAUGGCAGGAGAACUUGGAGUUCUAAAUGCUCUUGAUGUAGCCAAAACACAAUGGUACCAUUUCACAACAAUUGUGAUAGCUGGAAUGGGUUUCUUUACUGAUGCCUAUGAUCUUUUCUGCAUUUCCCUAAUCACCAAAUUACUAGGGAGAAUCUAUUACACAGUACCAAAUGCACCAAAGCCAGGAACACUUCCUCCAAAUGUUCAAGCUGCUGUCACUGGUGUUGCACUUUGUGGCACACUAGCUGGUCAACUAUUCUUUGGUUGGCUUGGGGACAAAAUGGGAAGAAAAAAAGUUUAUGGUUUAACUCUUAUUCUCAUGGUAGUUUGUUCUGUUGGCUCAGGACUCUCUUUUGGUAAUAGUCCAAAGAGUGUUAUGGCUACAUUAUGUUUCUUUAGGUUUUGGCUUGGUUUUGGAAUUGGUGGUGAUUACCCUCUUUCUGCUACAAUUAUGUCUGAAUAUGCUAACAAAAAAACUAGAGGUGCUUUCAUUGCUGCUGUCUUUGCUAUGCAAGGGUUUGGAAUUUUGGGUGGUGGAAUUGUUGCUUUAAUUGUUUCAGCUGCUUUUGAUCAUAAAUAUAAUGUUCCUAGUUAUGCAGAAAAUCCUGAAGCAUCGUUGGUAUUGCCCGCGUUCGAUUUUGUUUGGCGUUUGAUUCUAAUGUUUGGUGCACUUCCAGCUGCACUUACUUAUUACUGGCGUAUGAAAAUGCCUGAAACUGCUCGUUACACGGCUCUUGUUGCUAAGAAUGCGAAACAAGCCGCUUCUGAUAUGUCAAAGGUUUUGCAAGUUGAACUCGAGGUUGAAGAGGAAAAAGUGAUACAAAUUACUAGUGGUAAAAGAAAUACGUUUGGCUUGUUCAGCAAGGAAUUCGCUAAGCGACACGGAUUACAUUUGAUUGGAACAACAACAACUUGGUUUUUGUUGGAUAUAGCAUUCUAUAGUCAGAAUCUUUUCCAAAAGGACAUUUUUUCUGCAAUUGGAUGGAUCCCUCCAGCGGUUGAAAUGAAUGCAGUUCAUGAAGUUUACAAGAUUGCAAGAGCACAAACACUUAUUGCAUUGUGUAGUACUGUGCCAGGAUAUUGGUUUACAGUAGCGUUUAUCGAUUACAUGGGUCGAUUCGCUAUUCAAUUGAUGGGUUUCUUCUUCAUGACUGUUUUCAUGUUUGCUCUUGCUAUACCAUAUGAUCAUUGGUCCAAGAAAGAUAACAGAAUUGGUUUUGUUGUAAUGUACUCACUUACAUUCUUCUUUGCCAAUUUCGGUCCAAAUGCUACAACGUUUGUUGUUCCGGCCGAGAUUUUCCCUGCCAGGCUAAGAUCAACUUGUCAUGGAAUCUCAGCUGCUGCAGGAAAAGCAGGUGCAAUUAUUGGUGCAUUUGGAUUUUUAUAUGCUGCACAAAGUAAAGAUCCUUCUAAGACUGAUAAAGGGUAUCCAGCUGGGAUUGGGAUUAAGAACUCUCUUAUUAUGCUUGGUGUCAUCAACUUUGCUGGAAUGAUUUUCACCUUAUUGGUUCCUGAAUCAAAGGGGAAAUCAUUGGAGGAGUUGAGUGGAGAGAAUGAUGGAGACGGUGUCGAGGACAUUGAACAAGACGGAUCGCGGUUUCAAACUGGGGUCGGAAUCACGAAUGUAAUUGCAAGUGUUGCUGGUGGGAUUAUGAACAUUGCGACGUAAAUUUAUUUUAUAUUUGCACCGUAUAGUAUUAUUUUUCGUGACACGUUUUCAAAAUCUUAUACUUUCUACUUUCCCACACAUAUUUUGGCUUUACUUCAUUACAAUUUCCCUGUCAUUUUGAAAUAUCCUAAAUCCUUUAAAUUUUCUUGUGAUUCUACAACUUUAAAACCAAAGAAGAUUGAAAAGUAAUUUGAGUGAGCACUGUAAAGCUUGUUGUAACCCCAUGCGAUCAAUUACAAUCUGAUGCAGCCAGUUGCACCCAUUGUUCCUGCGGUCGUUGUAUGGUCUGCAAUUAGAAACCUUGUGAAGAUAUGCUAGGAUAGUUUCUAUUUGAUUCAUGUAAGUGUUGAACAAAGUGAUUUGAAUUAUGUUGUUUGAACAUUUUAAGUAAUUUA